ACCUUUGUCUGUUACAUUUGUAGGCUCAAAUAAGCAACAUUAUUACGGAUUAAACACACAUUUACAAUGUCUGUUCCCGACUUUAUCGACAUCGACGAUAACAUGUGAGUGUCCGGACGACUUCAACUCGGCUUGAAAGAACAUUUAGUCGCUCGGUGUUUUUGUUCCAUGUCGCUUAUGAACUCCACUUACCGUGAGCCCUCUGUUUAUUGUUUAAAGUCAUGAGGUAGCCUCACACGGUAGCCUCCUACUUUCCGCUGCGUUGACUGAAGAAGCUGGGUCACUUUACAAAUGGGACGUACUUGACUUCACUUCAACAAUUGGAGCCCGGGUCACUUUGGGAAUGGAGAAGUGUGGUCUGUAACUACACAAACUGUGGUGUUAGCCUGCGCUCAGGAGUUCACCGUGAUGUCCAUGACCUUUGAGCUGUCUGACAGCGUGACACUGCUGUUUGACUUCUGGGAUGUGCAGGGACCUGGAGGGAUGGUGCUGUCGGUGGUCGUGGUCUUCUUGCUGACCGUCUUCUAUGAGCUGCUCAAAGUGUGGAGAGUGUGCCUGGGGGUGAAGUCUAAGCUGGCCCAGCGUCAGGCCCUGUAUGGCCACACUCCAUCAUCACGCUGCGACGACAACUCCAUACUGGAGAGCAGCCCCUCCGCAUCCUCGCUGACCCCUUUGGACUCCCAUCCUGAUCCAAACAGAUAUAGCUUGCUGAUGAUGCACAUUAUCCAGACGGUGCUGCACUUGAUGCAGGUGUCUCUGGGCUACAUGGUGAUGCUGUGCGUCAUGUCCUACAACUUCUGGAUCUUUCUCGGUGUCAUCUUGGGCUCUACUCUCGGUUAUUUCAUCUCUUUCCCUCUCCUGGAUCAGAUCUGAUGGCAUGGAGGGUUCACACAGGAUUCUGUAAACAGGAAACCUGUAGACUGACUGUUGUUCAGUUGGUCUUAGCGUGUGCGCUACAGAAUGAGCCACACAACACUAACUGUCCAAAACGCAAACAUCUGAAUGUGUUGAGACACCAGGUUCUAUGGACUUCCUGCGGUUUAUGUAUCAGGAUUUUUUGAACUCCGAAAUGCUUCAACUGGAUUUACAAAGUCUAUGGUGAAAGGGACAAAACUCUGCUUUAAACGCAAAGUCUAACUUAUGCACUCGAGCAGCACACGUGUGAAAAUGGAUUGUAGUCUCCAGGGGAGCAUGCAGCUUCUUUCAAAUGUUAUUAAAAUAAAAUGAACAAAGCGGA